AUGCAAGCACUAAAGUCCAGCCUGGGAAACUCUGACGUUUUGGAGUGGUUCGACCCAGAUCCAUGUAAAUGGAAUUACAUUACAUGCAGGCUAGACCGAGUGGUUUGGAUCCGAAUUAGCAACUUAAACCUUGGAGGAAGCCUUCCUCAAGAUCUCCAGUACCUUGACUCUUUGGAAGUGCUUAAGGUGGCAAGCAACAAACUCAAGGGGCCAAUCCCAAAUCUUGCUGGUUUAAGUUCUCUUCAGACUGUGCAAUUUGACAACAAUAGCUUUUCAUAUGUGCCAUUUGAUUUCUUUAUAGGAUUAAAGUCCUUACGAUCUAUAAGUUUUGAUAUGAAUCCAUUUCUCCCUUCUUGGGAGAUACCUGAUAGUUUAAAAGAUGCCACUGGUUUGGAGAGCUUUUCUGCAAAUGAUGCUGGAAUUCAUGGAACUAUUCCAGUCUUCUUUGGGGCGGAUACAUUUCCUCGUUUAAAGCACUUGCGUUUGGCCUUGAACAAUCUCCAUGGGAAAAUUCCAUCGAGUUUUGCGAAGUCUUCGAUUCAAACCCUCUGGUUAUCUGACCAACGAAGUUAUUCAAAGUUUACUGGAUCAGUUGCAGUGUUAGAAAACAUGACUUCUUUGACUCAUAUUCGGCUUGAUGGUAAUUCUUUUACUGGUCCUUUGCCAGAUUUAUCUAAGCUUAUUAGUUUGGAAGAAUUGAAUUUGAGACAUAAUCGGUUUACGGGUAUCGUUCCUUUUUCUUUGGCUAAACUUCCUAAGCUUCGUAAUCUCUAUCUGGCUAAUAAUCUGCUUCAAGGUCCAACUCCAGACUUUGUUAAUUCUCAAUUUGAUUCGGAUGUAGGAAACGGCACAAAUAGUUUUUGUUCGGAUGAGCCUGGUGUUGCUUGUGACAGUCGGGUUGACGUUUUGUUGUCCAUUGCUGAGUCAAUGGGAUAUCCAGUGGUAUUUGCAGAGCGAUGGAAAGGAAAUGAUCCUUGUGAUUCCUCUAAGACGUGGAAAGGGAUCUUAUGUGAUGAUGAAGGACAUAUUAAGGUUGUUAAUUUCAAAAAUUUGGGGCUUUCAGGCACAAUUUCUCCCAAUUUCUCUAUUCUUGCAUCAUUGGAACAAUUGAUAGUUUCCAAUAAUUCACUUAAAGGUGCUAUACCAAGUGAACUCACAACUCUGACCAGUCUUGUUGAGUUAGAUGUCUCUAAUAAUCUUCUUUCCGGUAAAGUGCCAAAAUUUAGACCAAAUGUGAACGUUGUCACUGAUGGGAACCCUGAUAUAGAAUAUUAUAAACUUGUCGCACCAUCGGAAUCACCUGACAAACUUCCCAGAGAAUUUAGUUCGAGUAAGAGUUCAAAUACUAGAAUGAUUGGUUUUGUAAUUUUUGCCUUUUUUGUUGUGCUUAUGAUUGUUCGAUUAGGCGUCUUCUUGUAUACCAGAAAAAGAAAACAUUCCAGGUUGUGGAAAGAUUUGAGGAAAGCAACUAAUAAUUUCAGUGACAAAAAUAUAUUGGGAAGAGGUGGAUUUGGAACUGUCUACAAAGGCGAGUUGCCCGAUCGGACGAAAAUUGCAGUAAAAAGAAUGAAAUUCGGAGUGGUAAGUGAACAGGGCUUAACCGAGUUUAAGUCUGAAAUUGAAGUUCUUACCAAGGUUCGACACUGCCAUUUGGUGUCACUUCUUGGAUAUUGCUUGGAAGGAGAUGAGAGGCUUCUUGUUUAUGAAUACAUGCCCCAAGGAAGCCUUAGCAGCCAUUUGUUCAAUUGGCGAGAAAAAGCACUGCAACCACUUGAAUGGAGUAGAAGGCUAAGCAUUGCCUUGGAUGUCGCUAGAGGUCUUGAAUAUUUACAUGGUUUAGCAAAUCAAACUUUCAUUCAUAGAGAUCUUAAACCAUCCAACAUUCUUCUUGGAGAUGAUAUGCGUGCUAAGAUUGCAGAUUUUGGAUUGGCUCUUCUUGUUCCAGAUAAAGGAAAACAAUCCAUUCAAACAAGAUUGGUUGGAACACUUGGGUACAUUGCUCCAGAGUACAUAGUGACAGGGCGAGUUACUACGAAGGCUGAUGUGUUCAGCUUUGGAGUAAUUUUGAUGGAGUUAAUCACGGGCAGGAAAGCCAUAGAUGAGACGGCUCAUCCAGAGGGUAUUGUGCAUCUUGUUCCUUGGUUCCGCAGAAUGCAUAGUAACAAGUACACAUUUCAAAAAGCCAUUGACGACACUAUUGAGUUAGAUGAAGAAACUCUUGCAAGUAUAAGCACCGUGGCUGAGCUAGCUGACCAUUGUUGCACCGGCGAACCCUUUCAAAGGCCGAAUAUGAAUCAAGUCAUCAAUGUACUUUCAUGUCUUGUCGAGUCGUGGAGGCCUAUAGAACCUGUUUAUGAUGACAUCUAUGGAAUUGACCUGCCCAGGGACGCAAUGUGA